UUAUGGGAAGGAAUACCCAGAGGUAAUGUCGUCUCCGCAAAACACCACCCUGUCCCCAGGCAGUUACUCCUCGGACCUCAGCGAAGGAUCCAUCAGCUCCCCAGCUGUCCUGCAGGACAUGACCGAGUACCUGGGGCCCAAGCGACCACUCCCGGGGUUCUCCGCGGAGCAAAUCAGCUGUCUGUGCGAAGCCCUCAUACAAUCAGGUGAUGUAGAGAAACUCGCGAGGUUCCUUUGGUUGUUACCGCCAAAUCAACUCAUGCGAGGGGAGGAGUCGGUGCUGAGAGCGCGAGCGAUCGUCGCCUACCACCGGGGAGUCUACCACGAACUCUACGCUAUCCUGGAGAGCCACAACUUCGACCCGAGGCAUCACCCGCAGCUGCAGCAGAUGUGGUUCAAGGCGCACUACAAGGAGGCGGAGAACAUCCGAGGACGGAGUCUAGGAGCUGUGGACAAGUACAGACUGAGGAAGAAAUACCCGCUACCGAAGACCAUCUGGGACGGUGAGGAGACGGUGUAUUGUUUCAAGGAGAAGAGCCGCAACGCACUCAAGGAGUGUUAUGAGAGGAACCGAUAUCCUACUCCGGACGAGAAGAAGUGUUUGGCGACGACGACUGGGCUCACUAUGACGCAGGUCAGCAACUGGUUCAAGAACAGGAGACAGAGGGACAGGACGCCGCAGCAACGCAACGAGUUGGUGAUCUCUAGCGACGCCACGUGCCUACUAAGCCCGUCGUCCGGCGGUCUCCUAGACCUCAUGUACAAGGACGGGGUCAAGAGCGAGGGGGGCGUGCACCCUAGCUUCCAUCACAUGGUAGCCCAGGCGUCGUACCAUGGAUACGAGCAGUUUCUUACCUCAAGCCAGCACACGUGAGUAGGAGAGUCUACGAGUGUGAACCUCGGCUUGUGGGAGCAUCUCUGAGUGUGAACCUGAACUUUGGGAGCAUCUCUGAGUGUAAACCUCAACUUUGGGAGCAUCUGUGAGUGUGAACCUGAACUUUGGGAGCAUCUUUGAGUGUAAACCUCAACUUUGGGAGCAUCUGUGAUUGUAAAACUGAACUUUGCGAGCAUCUAUGAGUGUAAACCUGAACUGUGGGGGCCUCUUCGAGUGUGAACAUUGACAUAAUAGACUUCUGAGGUUAAAACCAUGUUAUGUAGUAAUUUAUGAAUAAAGACGUGACUAAUAGGGAACAUUUUAGCCCGGGAUUGUUUUUUACAUUAAAAGACGUCAUUAUCAUUUUAAUAAAAUCAAUUAAAGAUUGGCGGGAUUUGAACCCGGGAUAUCGAAAACCAAAUUCGCACCCUCUACCACUAGACUAGCUCGCUCCCCUGAUCAGGAACAUAUUGGGAAGAAAAAAAUACAAAAUAACUUAUUCCACACUACUUAAUUUUUAGAAUUUUUUCUAAGAUUGAAACUUGUAAUGUUGAUUGAUAUUUUUUUACUUAAAUAGCCUACCGUAUUAAUUUGUAAUUUUACCUUCGGUUUAAACAUAUAGUUCUCAUACCAAAUGUUUAAAUCUAAAUUUUACAAACUGUUCUGAUUCAAUACAUUCAACGAUAGAUUAAACAUACUCUUCAACAAUUCUAUUUGUGGAAAAAUUUUGUUGGUAAUGACAAAAUCAUUUCAGGUUUAUUAGAUUAGUGUGAUACGUAAGACAGUUGACGAUAUUCAAGUUCAACGUUUAGUUGAGUAAAUAAGAUGUAUUCCCAAAAACCAUGUAAUUAUUAUAAUGUACAUAUUUUGUAUAACAAAUUAGAUGACCAGUUACCUUAUGAGAUUAACAAAAGCAUCAUCUAAGUCUAACCAAUAUUUGUACAUUUGUAAAUAUUUGUAAUAGUAGAAACCUUGUGAAAGCUAUUUGAUCGCAAACUGGUACCAAAAUUAAAUAUUUUCAACAAAACAUAGAACUAUUGUGAGGAAUUGAAUUGAUUUUUGCAGUGAUGAGUGUAUGACGACAAAUUUAAACCCUAAAGUUGUUUGGUCAAACACAAAGCUAUACAUUUAAAGCACGUACAAAUACUUAAAAUUGUUCAUUAAAUUAUUUGUUAAAAUAAAUCAUAUUUGCUUUUACCUAUCAAUAAACUGGAAUUAUUAGUAGAAUUUCCAAUAUCACAAGUAAAUGAUCAUUUAGCUUCUAAGACUGUACCAUAUAACUGUAAAUAUUAAAUGUACCAAAGAAAUAACUUUAAGUCCAUAGUUUUAAUUAGUGUAUAGAAUAGAAUUUUGAUUGUUAAAUCAUAGUCCCUCCACGAUUAGUCAAUUCAUAUUUUUAAAUAUAAAAAUGCAUUCAUGCAAUUGUCAAGAUUGUAUAUUACUUGUAUACUUUUAAAUUUUAUAUCAUUGGAACUUUUUGCCCGUCCACUAAAUCUUUGAGUAGAUUUUAAAUUUAAAUUUGUAUCUGAAGAAUACUCAAAUCAUAGCCAAUGUAAGAAAUACUCGUCUGAAAUAAAG